GCGGCGGUCACGUAGCUCAGGCUCCGGGCUUGCGGUCGCCGCGCGUGUCUGUCCGUGUGUCCGCCCGUCUGGCCCGCCGCGCCGUCUCUCCGCCAUCAUGCCCAUGUUCGUGGUGAACACCAACGUGCCCCGCGCCUCUGUGCCCGACGGGCUGCUCUCCGAGCUUACCCAGCAACUGGCGCAGGCCACCGGCAAGCCGGCCCAGUACAUCGCCGUGCACGUGGUCCCCGACCAGCUCAUGGUGUUCGGCGGCUCUGGCGAGCCGUGUGCCCUCUGCAGCCUGCACAGCAUCGGCAAGAUCGGCGGGGCGCAGAACCGCACCUACAGCAAGCUGCUGUGCGGCCUGCUGGCCGAGCGCCUGCGCAUCAGCCCGGAGAGGAUCUACAUCAACUACUAUGACAUGAACGCCGCCAACGUGGGCUGGAACGGCUCCACCUUCGCCUGAGCCCCCUCCCUGCCCCAGCAAUAAACGGUUCGGAGACCAA